CAGAAAUGUGAAGCUGAAACUAGCUAGUUCUUGUUAGAAAAGCACAAUAGUUUGACGCACGAUGAAGCUUCUUUUUCAGGUCCUUUUGCUGGUUGUAAUGUUCGCUUUACAGAAAAGCCAGAAAGCAGAAUUUGAGUCGACUACUGAACCAACUUCAGAGGUUGACUUAUACGGAGAUAUGUCCGGGCUAGAUUACGAUGGAGAUGUAUUCAGGAUAGAUGAUGAAUCUUUGGAAAAUGUUACAGUGCCGACCAUCACAGUGUACCAACAGAUGGAAGACAGAGAGCAUGAUAGAGUCAUAGUGGUGUGCACGUUUGACCAGAUGUUUAAAUGGGGAUUCAGUUGGGGGAUGCUGUCUUUUGAGCUGUCUGUGGAGAGUGAACUGAACUACACCAUAGAAACAGGCGAUUGCAGUUAUCUAGAUAGACGAACAUGUGUGUAUAUGGUCACUGUGAGUCCACCUGCUUCCUUCACCUGUGAACAUGAGCUUUAUUCUAAUGGAGAUUUCAUAAACCUGCGCAGCCAGACCUACACUUACAAGCGCUCAGACUUGGAUCAUCAUGAGGAAGGAGCGUCUUUAUUCUACAUCUGCUUUUCCUCCUUCAUUGCUGUUGGUCUCUUCAUCAUGACUGUGGCUGUGAUCGUGACCACCAUUAGAAGUAAGGCUAAAGACUCCGUCAUCAACCCCACAACUGUUACAGACAACGACUACAUGGAUCUGACGAGAGAAGAACAGACCUGAAGAGGAGAAACAAACUUCUACUGUACAUUUACAUUUUACAUUUAAUCAUUUAGCAGACGUCUUUUUACAAAGUGACUUACAAAUGAGAAGAGCAAU